AUGCAGGGAAUACCAUUAGAGUUUGAUCAGCAAAAUUUUCUUGACACCAUGCAACAUCUCUUCAAUGAUCCUGACUUUUCCCAAAUCUUUUCAGAACUAAAUUCAUCCAAUAACACCAUCCAAACACCGAGACAAUCAAGUUGUGAAAACACCAUAUUUGCACAACACAAUCAAGAAAAUUUAUAUGCAGAUCAAGAUCAUAUCGAGACAGCAGAAAAUAAGGAGCCAAACUCAGAGGUGCCACUGGAAAAGAAGAAAUACAAAGGAGUGAGGAGGAGACCAUGGGGAAAAUAUGCAGCAGAAAUAAGGGAUCCUGAAAGAAAAGGCGCUAGACUUUGGCUAGGGACAUAUGAAACUCCUGAGGAUGCAGCAUUGGCUUAUGACAGAACUGCAUUUAAACUGCGCGGUUCAAGAGCUGUACUCAAUUUCCCUCACUUGAUUGAAUCUAAUGUUACUGAGAUUAAUAGAGUGAGGCCACGGAGACGUUCACGAGAACUCGAUAUUGAGCUUUCAUCUUCUUCCUUGGGAGAUGCCCCGAGUUCAAAGAGGAGAAAUGUUGAGCUAAUUAACAGCUUAGCUACAGCCAACUUGGACAGUCAAAGUAUCGUGGAGAGAUGUUUAACGUCUAGUUUUUUUGCCUGAAGAAAAUAAUCUAACACUUACAUAUAUAUGACAAUUAGCCUCUUGGUUUAUUGUUAAGUAAAAGAAACAAAAGGUACAAUGCAAUAUUAAUGUGUAGCUCGUAACUCGUAAGAUCAAGUUUUAGAAUUCUUUGUGUGUUUAAUUUCUCUUUCUCGUUUAUUUUAAUGCACUUGUCAUAA